ACACGGUAUAAAUGAUACAGAACAUCGAUAGCGCGAACAAUACGAACGAUCAGGUACAAUGAAUUAAGUCGUAAAUACUUUAUCGGACUAUUGAACUUUUUUUUUUGAACUUUCAGAGGAAAAAUGGCUAACAAUCGUUUAAGUAUUCAGCCUGUGUGGGGAAUAAAGGACCGAAAGUUAAGCAAUGGAAUUCUUGACACUGCAGAAAAUCUCAUGGAAAAUAUAGACGAACUUGCUGAAGUGCUGGACAAACUUACUGACAAGUAUGACAAGGAAAAACACACACUUGCUAAUGACAUUCCAGAAGAGUCUGCGGUAACAAACACACCAAACGUUACAGAAUCACAUGAACUUAGCAUGUUCCGCAAGCUCAAAACAUGCCUAGACUCUACAAGGUUCCUAAUUGGAAGUUUAAGAAGAGAAAAGGACAGACUGAUGAAACGUGAACUGAGCGUUGAAUGUAAACUUGGAGAAGUAGAGGACUACAAGACGCAUGUUAAACAAGAUUUAACUUCCCUGAACGAAUUAGUAGACACAUUGACAGCGAAAGUGUGCAAUCUGGAGGUACAAAUGUGUGAAGAACAAGAGAAGUCUGAAAGUCUGACAUAUGAGAGGGACAAUUUGGACGGGCAACUGAAAAGAGCAGAACACUUAUGCAAAGAACUGAACAACGACAAUGACAAACUUCGUGAAGAGAACAAAAAACUGUCACAAGAAAGGACAGACGUUUUACUUAAACUGGAAAACAAGGAAAUGAGAUAUGAAAAUGAAGUGUUGAUUGUUGAAAAUGCGAAACUCAAAGAAAUGUUACGGGAUAUAAUUGAUAACGUUGACGGCGAUCUAGGUGUUGGAACCGUCCCUACAACCGAACGCAAAGUGUCUUUGAAAUAUUUACCGGACCUUAUUGAAGACAGAAGUAACAACAAUGAUAAAACAGUGUUGAUAAAUGAGGAAACGGUGUGUGUUCGUUUGUAGCUGAAGUUCGUAUUGCUUGUGCGCGGAACACAUAAAAUGUAAUUUAAAAUUCAAUCUAGAGGGUCUAAAAAUUUCAGUGUAACAAUUGAAUGUUGAUAUUGAUCGACUGGAAGUUGUUUUUGAAGUGACUAUAAUGUUAUGUGAAGAAAAAUAACACAUGAUACAUGUUGAAAUAAACACUGAAUAUACAAUGUACAUAAGCAGUGUGUUACAAGGGUUGAAUGACACCAUACAGACAUUUUGUUGUAAUGCAUCUGUUUAGAACAUAACAUAAACAAUGAAUAUCAAAGAUCAGUUGUGAAGAUACACGUGUUUGUCGUACAAAACACGAACGUUUUCCAAACGCUAUUUCAGGGAGGUGUUAAACCAGGGAGAGUAAUACUUGUUUUUUUCAUAUAUUUUUCAACAUGCAGAGGGUUUUACUGUUGGAAUUCUAUUUGUCGGUUUUCAUUUUAGUCAUGUCCGUUAAGCCAAUUGUUACUGUUUCUAUUUUAAAAUUUAUAAAGUACCACCAGUGUACUAAUUUAUCAGGGGCGUGGUUUGUGAUUAUAGAUUUUGAUCUUUAUUUCAGUCUCUUCAAUGUAGAUCACAUAUCAUAUAUACAUCAUUAAAAUGAAAUACAUUGCCAUUCAAAUCAAUGAAUUAUAAGAGACUAUGCACAAUUAGAUUUAUUUGUUAGCGUUCACGGUUAUUGUAUCAAAGGAUUCAAUAGGUUUUUUUUUUAGUAACAACGUAUACAUUCGCAGUAGGAAUUAGGGACACGCAUCUUUCAAGGGAAGAAAACGUUAUAAGCCCAACUUUUGUGUUACCGUUGUAUUUCAUAGUUCAUUAAAAGGCACCAGCAUUGUUUCAUAUCUUGUGAUACAGUAUUGUUUUUGUUUUCGUAUUUCUGUGUAAAUAUCUACUGAUAUAUGAGCCGUGCCAUGAGAAAACCAACAUAGUGGGUAUGCGACCAGCAAGGAUCCAGACCAGCCUGCGCAUCCGCGCAGUCUGGUCAGGAUCCAUGCUGUUCGCUAACGGGUUCUCUAAUUGUAAUAGGCUUUGAAAGCGAACAGCAUGGAUCCUGACCAGACUGCGCGGAUGCGCAGGCUGGUCUGGAUCCUUGCUGGUCGCAUACCCACUAUGUUGGUUUUCUCAUGGCACGGCUCAUAUAUGUUUUUUUUUGUUUUAAACAAUUUCCACAACAUCAUGCUAUUCAAGUUACAUAAUUAUACACAUUCAUGUUUUUGUUUCACGAUUAUAAAUGUCAGUCAUAAAAUGAUGAACCAUUCGUGCAAGUUCAUUAAAGAAACGUGUUUAUAUACUGAAGUAUACUGAAGCGCAGCAGAUGAAGCAAUAAGAUAAUAUGAGCCGCACCAUAAGAAAACCAACAUAGUGCAUUUGCGACCAGCAUGGAUCCAGACCAGCCUGCGCAUGCGCGUAGUCUGGUCAGGAUCCAUGCUGUUCGCUUUCAAAGUCUGUUGCAAUUAGAGAAACCGUUAGCGAUCGGCAUGGAUCCUGACCAGACUGCGCGGAUGCCCAGGCUGGUCUGGAUCCGUGCUGGUCGCAAAUGCACUAUGUUGGUGUUCAUCUGGCGCGGCUCAUAUUAAUUUGGCGACACUCGACCGUGAAUAAUGCUGUCAGUUUAAGAUGUGAAUAAUAAUGACGUGAAGUUUUUGUUUACAACUGUUUGCAGCAUAAACAGCGGAAAUCACGUCAUAACGAAAUGUCAGAGGGUCCAUAUGCUAAUUCUUUUUAUGAUUUAUGUGUAAUACAUUUUCAUUUCUUUGCACAUUGAACCUUCAUAUCUUUUAAAUGUUGGGGAAAUAUAGACUAGCUCCUAGACUGUGACAUAUUUUUAACCAUAUUUUCCCUAUGGAAUGAAGCCAGUCUAUAACUCUGUAUCAUAACUACUUCCAGUAUCCAGCAUGGUAAUUUAACAGUUAUUUCUCUGAGAAAAUUUCCAGAAAUAACAGACCUAUUACAUUAAAAUAAAAGUUCAAAAUAA